AUGGCUAACAGCAAAUUCGCAUACGUGAAGCAGCUGGAGGAGGAGAGGAGGGUGUUGCCGUGUUGCUACUUUGUGGUGAGGAUAGACGGCGGAAACUUCAAGGCAUUCACAAAGACACACGGGUACACAAAACCCAAUGACAUAAGAGGACUGCACCUAAUGAAUGCAUGUGCAAAGGAAGUCAUGGAAAAGUUUGAUGAAAUUGAUUUAGCAUAUGGACACUCAGACGAGUACAGCUUCCUCUUUCGGAAAAAAACAAAAGUGUGGAAUAGGAGGUAUGACAAAAUUUUAACCAACGUCGUGUCCUGUUUUUCAGGAUCCUUUCCUUUUCUCUGGAAAAUUUUUUUUCCCGAGCAGGAGCUACUGUACGUACCAUCUUUCGACGGGAGAAUUGUUUUGCUUCCAACAGAAAGGGAAGCCAAAGAUUAUUUCCGUUGGAGACAAGUCGAUUGUCACAUAAAUACUCAGUACAAUGAGUGUUUCUGGAACCUUAUUAAUAAGGAUGGCUAUUCUCAUCAACAGGCUUACAACACCUUAAUUACAACACAGAAGAAGGAAAAGAAUGAGUUGCUUUUCUCUAAAUUUGGAAUAAAUUACAAUGACUUGCCUGAAAUUUUUAGGCGCGGUUCCAUCUUGAUGCGGACUGAACAAAUCUUGAAAGGAGGCCACGUCGCUGAGCAGGUGGACAUCACACAGAUGGAAAGUGACAAAGUGGCCCCCCCGGAGGAAAUACCAAGCGAUGCCACUAUCCCCUGCCAGCGUGACGCACUCGAGAAGUUCACUCUCUCGCAUGAAAAUCUCGUUAGCGACAUUUUUUGGGAGAAGUACCAUUUCUUAUUUGCCAAGUGA